AUUCUAUAAUUCAUCAUCUUCUUCAUCUUCAUGUUAACCAGAAGCCCUAGCUGCUGAUGAGACCAGCGAAUCGCUGGCGUCAUCUGAAGGAGAGGAAGGCAGCCGCAACGCCGUCGGAGUUCCCUGCUCGUCGCCGCCGCACCUCGUCGCGACACCAGGUUCGCCGCAGGCAUUAUUGACCGUGAAACAGAAGUAGCAACGGCGACUAGAAAAGAGGAGCAGCACCAACCCAACUUCGCCAACGUCGCCUGGAGAAGAAGAGGAAGCAGUGACAACCGGAAACCCAGCCUCGCCUCGCCUCGCCAUCUCUCCUGGUGCAACACCAGCUCCGUUGCCAUGUCCAGCGUCCAACGACACCACCCACCUCCGCCAUCGAACGGAGACUGUAACCGGCGAACAAAUCCGGCGAUUUUCCGGCGAACAAAUAGCAAUGCAAUCAGACGAUCGAAGCUCAUUUCAACGUAAACCCUCAUCUUCUCAUCAUCUCAUCGCCGAAACGCCACCAAAACCCUCCACCACCGCCACCGUAGACAGAUCCGAUCUCUCCACGCUUGCCUGUCGCCGUUCGCCGCUCGCCGCUCGACGUUCGCCGCUUGCCGCUGCCGAUCGUUGCCUCGCCGCUCGCCCGCGCUGCCACGCCGCCGGACGCCCGACGUCGUCGAUCGAGGCAUAUACGGCAGGCGUCAAUCCGGUUUGACUAAGUUCAGUCCUUGCUGCGCUCCUCCUCCAAUGUUCUCCGCCAGUCUCGGGCGUAUGGAUUCCACAGAUGAUGGUGGUACUACAGAAGGUACUCAUAAUACUCAAAGUAGUACUCAAACUACAAAGAAGAGGGGUGCCACUCGUAUGCAAAAAAUCAUUAGGCAACGUAAUGCUUUUGGGAAACUACAAGUUGAGCUUGAUGGAUUCGAGCCUGUCUACGGGAAAGCUGGCAAUGAAUUUAAAAGUUAUGUUGGAUUAGUGGCACGAAUCAAUACUCCUAUAACAAUAAAAGAAUGGUCGGAUAUCCCAGAAGAUACUAAAGCUACUAUUUGGAAAGAAAUCCUGAGUACUUUUGAUAUUCCCGACACCAUUGAUAUGAAGAGACAUUGGUUAAGCUAUGUGGGUGAUAGGUGGAAAGAUUUUAAAACAAAAUUGGUGAACAAGUAUAUAUAUGGUCAGAACCCUUGUCAAACAUACGACUUCAUUGAACAAGAGACAUGGAAUGAGUUUUAUCAGUCGCAUACGGGUGAAUCAUAUGAGGCAACAAGGAAAAAAUAUCAAGACAUACAAGCUAAGAAUAUUCAUCCACAUCUUUUAGCUCGAGGUGGUUAUAAAAGGUUGGAGAAGAUGAUGAUGGACGAGAAGUUGAAAGAACAACAAGCAUUAGCUGAUGCAGAUCCGUCGUAUACAAUGAGUCCUCCAAGUCCCAUACGUAGAGUCGAAAAAUGGAAGAAAGCAAGAAUGGACAAGUCAGGAAAUUAUCGCACUGAUUCAACUAGAGUGGUGGCGGAAAAAAUUGAUGCUCUUGAGUUGCAAAUUUCUCAAGGAGAAUUUAUUGAGGAUGGAAGAAAGGAUUCAUUGACUGUUGCGUUGGGUACCGAUGAGCAUUGUGGACGUGUUAGAGCCAUGGGAAGAGGACAUGGCAUCAAAAGUGUUUUUGGCCAUGCAAAACGUCGCCAAAAGACUCCUGAAGAUGUUCAACAACUGGUUGAUGCUGCUGUUGGUGCUGCCGUUGGUGCUGCUGUUGCAGAAGCGUUAGAAAAACAAAAGCAGGAAAAUAUUUCUGAAUGGGAGGAAUUUGGUCAACGUAUAACAGAGCAAUUUGAGGCAAAAAUAGCUAGUAUGAUGUUGCAAUUUAGUGCUAUGCAGACUCCUUUACAGCCAAAGCAGGUGACAACCGUAUGUGUGGAUGCUGUGCCACCACCUCCCAGUGACAAAGCUAGUUCCCCAGACCCUUUUAGUAAUUUACCGGCUUUAGGGGCACGAUGUCAAUUGUUUUUAGAAGAUCCAAUUAGACGUCCAGUGGCAUAUGGGACAACUUACAGUGGUAGACAAGUUCAUGGGGUUGUACUGGAUGUAAACAAUGUGAAAGUGAGUAUAACUGAUGUUGGUGAUCCAACUGCACAUGUACCAUUCCCCACCGGUGAGGUUAAGCUUGUAAGUGAUGCAAGCCAACACUUUAUCGUUUGGCCAAAGAAGCUGGUAGAGUUAUGUACUUAAGCUAAUGCGUUAAAAGACAAUACCAUGGACAAUAGUAUUGCUCUAGAUUCUUUGACUGCUGAGUGCAAAAAGGCUUUUACAAUAGCUCGCCGUUUCGAACAGAAUCUUGUGAUCCAUGUGGCUCGUGGUAUUAUGGGCGAGAUUGAGUAUGACUUGCACCUUGAAAGUGUGGAGAUAUUGCGUUUCUUAAGUAUGGACACCAUCGAUGUUUCUCUAGUUCAGUUCUUUAUAAGGGGUAUUUACAUCAAUUUUGAGUUGGCAUCAAAAGACACUUAUGGUUUCCUAGAUCCAUAUUGGAUUCAACCAAAAAUGAAUAAUAUAGAUCAGAAGAAAGGAAAUCAUAUAUAAAUGCCACCAUGCAGUAUGGGAAGAAAAAUGUGUAUUUAGCCCCAUACGUUCUCAAUGAGCAUUGGAUGCUGAUGGCGAUUUGUCCUAGAUUAA